AGAAAAAAGCUUCAUUCUGGAGAGGAGGGAGCUUGGGCUCCAGGGAUGAAAUUUCAUCCGUCACUUGGUCUCUGAGCUGCAGGACGAUGGUAGGGUUUGCGUGUCCUGAUCUGCCCAGCCUUGAGUGUUGGUGGCUGAGGAAGCCGCUAGGAGCACUCCGCCAGGAUGGCAGCUGCCAGGAGGCAUGACUUCUUCUUCAAGACCUUGCUGACAUUCAGCUGGCUCAUCCUAGCCCUCUUCCCUUGGGCUGCAUCCACAGUGGCCACUGGGUGCCCUGACCAGAACCCUGAGCUGCAGCCCUGGAACCCUGGCCAUGACCAAGACCACCAUGUGUACAUCAGCCAGGGCAGGACACUGCUGCUCACCUCUUCUGCCACAGUCCACUCCAUCCACAUCUCAGAGGGAGGCAAACUAGUCAUUAAAGACCACAAUGAGCCAAUUGUUUUGCGAACCCGGCACAUCCUGAUUGACAACGGAGGAGAGAUGCAUGCUGGGAGUGCCCUCUGCCCUUUCCAGGGCAAUUUUAGCAUCAUCUUGUAUGGAAGGGCUGAUGAAGGUGUUCAGCCAGACCCUUACUACGGCCUGAAGUACAUUGGAGUUGGCAGAGGGGGCACCCUGGAGUUGCAUGGACAGAAAAAGCUCUCCUGGACAUUUCUGAACAAAACCCUUCACCCAGGUGGCAUGCAGGAGGGAGGUUAUUUUUUUGAAAGGAGCUGGGGUCACCGUGGAGUCAUUGUCCAUGUCAUCGACCCCAAAUCAGGCACAGUCAUCCAUUCUGACAGGUUUGACACCUAUAGAUCCAAGAAAGAGAGUGAACGUCUGGUCCAGUAUUUGAACUCGGUGCCCAAUGGCAGGAUACUUUCUGUUGCAGUGAAUGAUGAAGGCUCUCGAAACCUGGAUGACAUGGCCCGGAAGGCAAUGACCAAAUUGGGCAGCAAACACUUCCUGCACCUUGGAUUUAGACACCCUUGGAGUUUUCUAACUGUGAAAGGAAAUCCCUCUUCUUCGGUUGAAGACCACAUAGAAUAUCACGGCCACCGUGGCUCCGCUGCUGCCCGGGUAUACAAACUGUUCCAGUCAGAGCACGGCGAGUAUUUCAAUGUUUCUUCGUCCAGUGAGUGGGUUCAAGAUGUGGAGUGGACAGAAUGGUUCGACCAUGAUAAAGUAUCUCAGACUAAAGGUGGGGAGAAGAUUUCGGACCUCUGGGCAGCUUACCCAGGAAAAAUCUGCAACCGUCCCAUUGAUAUACAGGCCACUACAGUGAAUGGAGUUAACCUCAGCACCGAGGUUGUCUACAAAAAAGGCCAGGAUUACAGGUUUGCGUGCUACGACCGGGGCCGAGCCUGCCAGAGCUACCGUGUGCGGUUCCUCUGUGGGAAGCCUGUGAGGCCCAGACUCACGGUUACCAUUGACACCAAUGUGAACAGCACCAUCCUGAAUCUGGAGGACAAUGUCCAGUCAUGGAAGCCUGGAGAUACCCUGGUUGUGGCCAGCACUGAUUACUCCAUGUAUCAGGCAGAAGAAUUCCAGGUGCUCCCCUGCAAAGCCUGUGCCUCCAGUCAGGUCAAAGUGGCAGGGAAACCGAUGUACCUGCACAUUGGGGAGGAGAUAGACGGCGUGGACAUGCGGGCCGAGGUCGGGCUCCUGAGCCGGAACAUCGUGGUGAUGGGGCAGAUGGAGGACAGUUGCUACCCCUACAGCAAACACAUCUGCAACUUCUUUGACUUUGACACCUUUGGGGGCCACAUCAAGUUUGCACUGGGGUUUAAGGCAGCCCACCUGGAGGGCGUGGAGCUGAAGUACAUGGGGCAGCAGCUGGUGGGUCAGUACCCAAUUCACUUCCAUCUGGCCGGCGAUGUGGACGAAAAGGGAGGCUACGACCCGCCCACCUACAUCAGGGACCUCUCCAUCCACCACACGUUCUCUCGCUGUGUCACUGUCCAUGGCUCCAAUGGACUAUUGAUCAAGGACGUUGUGGGCUACAACUCUUUGGGCCACUGCUUCUUCACGGAAGAUGGGCCGGAGGAACGCAACACUUUUGAUCACUGUCUUGGGCUCCUUGUCAAGUCUGGAACGCUCCUCCCCUCCGACCGUGACAGCAAGAUGUGCAAAAUGAUCACAGAGGACUCCUAUCCGGGCUACAUCCCCAAGCCCAGGCAGGACUGCAAUGCUGUGUCCACCUUCUGGAUGGCCAACCCCAACAACAACCUCAUCAACUGCGCCGCUGCAGGAUCCGAGGAAACUGGAUUUUGGUUCAUUUUUCACCAUGUACCAACAGGCCCCUCAGUGGGAAUGUACUCCCCAGGUUAUUCAGAGCACAUUCCACUGGGAAAAUUCCAUAACAACCGAGCACACUCCAACUACCGGGCUGGCAUGAUCAUAGACAACGGAGUCAAAACCACCGAGGCCACUGCCAAGGACAAGCGACCCUUCCUCUCUAUCAUCUCUGCCAGAUACAGCCCUCACCAGGAUGCUGACCCGCUGAAGCCCCGGGAGCCGGCCAUCAUCAGGCACUUUACCGCCUACAAGAACCAGGACCACGGGGCCUGGCUGCGUGGUGGGGACGUGUGGCUGGACAGCUGCCGGUUUGCUGACAAUGGCAUUGGCCUGACCCUGGCCAGUGGUGGAACCUUCCCAUAUGAUGAUGGCUCCAAGCAGGAGAUAAAGAACAGCUUGUUUGUUGGCGAGAGUGGCAACGUGGGGACGGAAAUGAUGGACAAUAGGAUCUGGGGCCCGGGCGGCGUGGACCACAGCGGAAGGACCCUCCCUAUAGGCCAGAAUUUUCCGAUUAGAGGAAUUCAGUUCUAUGAUGGCCCCAUCAACAUUCAGAACUGCACUUUCCGAAAGUUUGCGGCCCUGGAGGGCCGGCACACCAGUGCCCUGGCCUUCCGCCUGAACAACGCCUGGCAGAGCUGCCCCCAUAACAACGUGACCAACAUUGCCUUUGAGGACGUCCCGAUUACUUCCAGAGUGUUCUUUGGAGAGCCUGGGCCCUGGUUCAACCAGCUAGACAUGGAUGGGGAUAAGACGUCCGUGUUCCACGACGUUGAUGGCUCUGUGUCCGAGUACCCUGGCUCCUACCUCACCAAGGAUGACAACUGGCUGGUCCGGCACCCAGACUGCAUCAACGUUCCAGACUGGAGAGGGGCUAUCUGCAGUGGGCGCUAUGCACAGAUGUACAUUCAGGCCUACAAGACCAGUAACCUGCGGAUGAAGAUCAUCAAGAACGAUUUCCCCAGCCACCCUCUCUUUCUGGAGGGAGCCCUCACCAGGAGCACCCAUUACCAGCAGUACCAGCCAGUCAUCACUCUGCAGAAGGGCUACACCAUCCACUGGGACCAGACGGCCCCUGCCGAGCUUGCCAUCUGGCUCAUCAACUUCAACAAGGGCGACUGGAUCCGAGUGGGGCUCUGCUACCCACGAGGCACCACCUUCUCCAUCCUCUCGGAUGUUCACAAUCGCCUGCUGAAGCAAACCUCCAAGACGGGCACCUUCGUGAGGACCUUGCAGAUGGACAAAGUGGAGCAGAGCUAUCCUGGCAGGAGCCACUACUACUGGGACGAGGACUCGGGGCUGUUGUUCCUGAAGCUGAAAGCUCAGAACGAGAGAGAGAAGUUUGCCUUCUGCUCUGUGAAAGGCUGUGAGAGAAUCAAGAUUAAAGCUCUGAUCCCACAGAACGCAGGCAUCAGCGACUGCACAGCCACGGCCUACCCCAGGUUCGCCGAGAGGGCAGUGGUGGACGUGCCCAUGCCCAAGAAGCUCUUUGCUUCUCAGCUGAAGACAAAGGACCACUUCUUGGAGGUGAAGAUGGAAAGUUCCAGGCAGCACUUCUUCCACCUCCGCAGUGACAUUGCUUAUAUUGAAGUGGAUGGGAGGAAGUACCCUAGCUCAGAAGAUGGCAUCCAGGUGGUGGUGAUUGACGGGAGCCGAGGGCACGUGGUGAGCCACACCAGCUUCAGGAAUUCCAUUCUGCAGGGCAUCCCGUGGCAGCUCUUCAGUUAUGUGGUGGCCAUCCCUGACAAUUCCAUAGUCCUCAUGGCAUCGAGGGGAAGAUGCAUCUCCAGAGGACCGUGGACCAGAGUGCUGGAAAAACUUGGGGCAGACAAAGGUCUCAGAUUGAAAGAGAAAAUGGUAUUUGUUGGCUUCAAAGGCAGCUUCCGGCCUACCUGGGUGACUCUGGACACCGAGGACCACAAUGCCAAAAUCUUCCAAGUUGUGCCCAUCCCUGUGGUGAGAAAGAAGAAGCUGUAAGGACAGCUGCCACUGCGAUGCCACCCACAGUGGACUGUGACGGUGGACUCUUGGCAGUGGACCAGGGCAGGAUGGCUGGUCCCCCCAGCCCCUGUCCAGCAGCUGCCUGGGAAGGCCGUGCAUCAGCCCUGAUGGGCCAAAGGAAGGAUAUCAGAGAUCCCUGGUGCUGCCACCUGCCCCUACUCAAAUAUCUACCUGCAGCCCCUGGGGCGGUGUUGGCUGAUGCUGGAAACUUCUCUUUCCUGCAGCCUCUUGGGUGCUUCUCUCCUAUCUGUGCCUCUUCAGUGGGGGUGUGGGGACCACAUGGGGAGACCUGGAUUGUGCUGGCAGCAGAGGUCCAUUUUGGCAGGAGCCUUGACCUGGCUAGGGCUAGCCUAGGGGGCUGGGUCACUCACAGGUCCCCAUGGUCUCCCACAGACAUUAGGGUGCUGGCCUUAAGGAGAUCUUUAUUCCUAUAAGCAAGAACCAAUCUUCAUGGGAUUAGGAGCUGGUGUGUAGACAAAGCUCACCAAGAUGAAACCAGCCACCCUUGGGGAAGAGGUAAGCCCUGCCUCUGGAGGUGUCCCACCUUUCAAGAGACUUUGAGUGGCAGGUUGGGACUUGGACAAGGUGACUGUUAAAGGCCCUUUAGUUCUGAGAUUCCAGAAGUCUGCAGCUUUUCACAUUGUCCCUGGAACCCAGCAGUGGCUGACAGCAUUCUUUUCAGCAAGCACCCAUGAUGCUGGAUGCCUGGGGCACACUGGAUGGAGAGGUGGACUAAUGCCUGGUGUGAAGAGCCUGCCAUCUGGGGGGUGGGCAGUCAGGGCCACGUGCACUCUGAUGCCAGGCAGAGGUAGGACAGAGACCAAUACCAGUUCAGAGGAGGGAGAGAUCCUGUGUGCCCAAGUGGGUCAGGAAGGCUUCUCACAGGAGGUGGCAACGACGCUUGCAGGAAUGAAGGGUGGGGGGCAUUUUGGUAGAAAGCAAUGAGGCAGCCUUUGGUUCAGAGGUUGAGCCCUUCCUGCCACCAUCUGCCCAAGCUGGGUGACUGCAGGGUCUCCCUUUGCCCUCGACUUGCUGGCUCACUCAUGACGGAGAAGCAUGCUCAGAAGGGAGGGCUGAGCUGGGCUUAUCAUGCCCAGAGCACUGAGGAAUGUGGUCCCCCAGCCAGCCCACCCAAGACUCCGGGAGAGGGUGGAGUUGAGUCUGCAGACGUGAGCUCCUGUGUGGGGCCCCAUUUGCUCUUCAUCCAGGGAACUGAGCAGAAAAGCACUCCAGGAGACCCAAGCAUGCUUGCUCUCAGUGAGCCAGGAUUUCAGAGCUGGAAAGGACCUAGUCCAAAGCCUGCAUAUUACAGAUGGGGAAAGCGAGACCCCAAGCACAUGGCCAGGGUGGGACUCCACCCUGGUGCACACGGCACUGCCUCCACAAGUGUCCCGGGGUGCUUAGGCACCCCUGGAGCAGCUUCUGGAUAUGGGGUCAGGUCCCCUCGAAGGGAAGGAAAUGAUCAGAGUAGGACAAUUAGCCAAUGACUCUCUCCCUCCUGCUCCUCUGUGCACACAAACCCACCUCCUCCUGGUUCAGGCGGUCCCUUUAGCCUUCAUCUGGCUCACACCACCUGCCAGGCCAUGCCCGGGGUGCAUGGCAGCUGCAGCCAUUCCACUGGUGCUACCUGUUUCUGCAGCUCUGCAGUGCGGCCCAGCAGAUGGUGUCAGGGCACACUGGAGUAUUUCUCAUGAGCCAAUGGCGCUGAUCUUGGAGGUCUGAAGAGCUGUUGGGUCCACCCAGGCCCUCUCAGCUAUGCUUAAUAUUCUGCUCUCUCCUUGUCUCCCCUGGAGAGAGCAAGGAGAGAUCCUGAAAGAGGGAAAACUCCUAUCUAGCUUCUGGUCUCUCGUGAGGUACCAGGUUCUCCCUGGGUCUCAUCAUGAACCACAUGUGGCCCCUUUCCUGCCCCAACCACAAACUCUUUCCUUCAAAGAGGGCUUGCUUGGCCCCCUCUGCCCAGCUGCACACAUGAGACUCGAUCCUCAAGUCCGCUCCCCAGGUUGAGCUUACUGCCAGAGAGGUCUUUCCCACCACCCUGGUCUUUCAGCUGCUGGGAGGUGGCAACAGGACUCUGCCUCUUAGGACACGGCCACUUCAAAGGCUAAAAUCACAGGAAGGACCUCUGCCAAGGGGAGUAGUGGUGGCGCUGGGGAGGAGAGUUAAAGUGACCUCCGGUCCUUCUUGUCUAGUUUUGAGUUUCCCAACUCUUUUCAUGCAAGGGUCUCACACUGUGAACCACUUAGGGUGUGAUCACUUUCAGGUGGCCAGGAAUGUCCACUGUCUUUGGCUUAUUUCAUUUUUUUAAAAGUGUCUAUUUGAAAGUUCUCAGAGUUGUACAUAUGUUUAACAGUACAGGAUCUGUACACAAAACUUCUUUCCUAAACCAUUCUCCAAGAGUCAGUGUCUACACAUUUUCUUGGUAGCGCAAAUUCUCCUUUUGCUUAGAAAAUCAUUCUUGUUGUUGUUUCUGUUCGUAAGCGUUAAAGCGAGUUAGGCCUUUAAGGAAAACAACGCUCCUCUGAAAUGCUUGUCUUUUUACUGUUGCCGAAAUAGCUGGUUCUUUUUCGGGAGUUAGAUGUAUAGUGUGUUUUGUAUGUAAACAUUUCUUGUAGGUGUCACCAUGAACAAAGAUAUAUUUUCUAUUUAUUUAUUAUAUAUGCACUUCGAAAAGUAACUGUUAGAGAAAUGAAGAAUUGUCUUAAAUAUCAUGUUUGGGGAUGUCCUUUGGACUGCCUGGAAGGAGUAUGCUGGGAGCAGAAGAACUCAGCUCUGGUUCGGAAAAUCUUGCUGUACCAUAAUAAACAUACAAAGGAUGCCAUUGUC